ACCAAUUUAUGCUUUUCACUUGCAUCACCGCGAUUUAAAGGCGCAACAAGCGCGAACGACGUUAAAAAAUCAUAACUUUCUUUCUUUUUUCUUCCUUUCUUUUUUUUUUUGGGUUACAUGACAUUGAAACUUGUUCCUUUUUACGAUUGUAUACGAGUGAUUUGACAUUUCGAAAACUUUCACGAUUAAAUUAAAAUAAAAUGUCACAAACUAAAAUAGUCACCAGUGAUAUCCUCCUAGAAUUCUUGGAGGUGGCAUUUAAUCAUAUACUUUAUUAUAGAAAAUUAUAUCCAAAAGAAAUCUUUGUUAAGAAAAAAAUAUAUGGCGCUGUGGUUCAUAUCUCUGAACAGCCAGAACUUAAUGAAUAUUUGAAAAAUGUUUUAACUGCUAUUAGAGAAUUACUUAAAGAAGAUGAAAACAGUAUCAAAGCUGUCAAUCUUGUUGUUUUUAAUAAAAAUAGAAUUCCCAUAGAAAAGUUUGUCUUUGAUUUUGUUAAAUUACAAGCUCAAGGAAUUGAAAUUGAUCCAUACUAUCUUAAAACCGAAGAAGCUUUAAGAACAAUCUGUUUAAAAUUGUCCAUAUGUGAGACAUAUUUAAAUCCUCUUCCUGAAGAUGCAUCAUUUUCUAUAGAAAUUCAAACAUAUGAAACUGCACACGUGUCUCUCAGUGAAAAUCCAUUAUGUGAGGAUUUUCCAUGGAUUGUUGAGGAUGAAAAUAAGAAAAUGAUUAAUAAAAAAUUAUUACCGCUGAAGACAGUUAAGACAGAAUGUUUAAAUUUACAGAUGAAGUUAUACGAUAAGUUCGUCCAUGAUAAUACGAAAGCAGAUAAGAUUGAACUGCAUAGAAAUUUAUUGCGUUAAACACGUGGUGGGAAUCAGCUGAUUUGUGGUCGUACGUCAAAAUACAAAUGAGUGAUCA